AUGGGGUGGACCAGCUCAGGUGAUCCAUUGUCAAAUAUCUCCAUGAACUUGAAGUUCGCUAGUAAAGAGGAUGCUAUCGAUUUCUGCGUAAAGAAUAGAUGGACUUAUGAAGUAGAGGGACGCACCGAAGAAGCGGCUAAAUAUCAGCAGCUGUUGCACAGAAAUCUCAUACACCUUGCUCAGGCGGCGGAUCAGUCUCUUUUGCCACAAUUAAGGGACGAGAAUGCUCCAAAUGAUGAAAACUGUGCACAGCCGACGCCCUCAUCCGAAGGUGGUCCACCGUCUGGAGCACCUACACCGGUAAGUGCUCCAUACCCGGUGAAACAACAUCAGCCAACACCGCCUACAAUGAUGGCUCCGCCUAUGAUGCCUAUGCAACCUCAAGCAGCUCCUGUGCCAACUUCUCAGCCGCAAAUGGGGAUGCCAAUGGGACCUCCACAAGGUUACGGGUAUCCACCACAGGGUAUGCAUCCCGGAGCCCAGGUUGGUGGACCGCAAGUUAUGCCGGCUGGCUAUCCGCCUCAGGGUUACGAUCAGUCGAUGAUGUAUUCGCAGCAGCAACCUCCACAACAACCACAGCAACAAUACAUGCGUUGA